GGGGGAAGGACUCUCAGCUGGUCCCCUCCUCUGUUUAUUCACAGAACCAGUGAUUAAACCCUCCAUCCAAUUCACCAACACCACAGUCAAAGACCUGACCCCUGUGAUACUGAAGUGUUUGUCAAACGACACUGGGAUCUCAAUCCAUUGGCUCUUCAAAGGCCAGAGUCUGAGGAUCGGUAAUAUGAUGAGGCUGUCCCAGAACAACAGCAUCCUGGAAAUAGUCCCUGCCAGGAGUUCGCAUUCCGGGGACUAUCAGUGUGAAGUAUCCAAUCAAGUCAGUUCCAAGAGGAGUGACCCCAUCCAGCUGGACAUAAUACAUCCAGUGACUCCACCCUCCAUCCAAGUCACCAACACCACAAGCAAAAAUAACAUCUCUGUGUUCCUGACCUGCUUGUCAAACGACACUGGGGUCUCCAUCCAUUGGCUCUUCAAAGGUCAGAGUGUGAAUCUCACAGACAGGAUACAUCUUUCCGACCACAACAGCACCCUCCAAAUAGACUCUGUGAGGAUUGACGAUUCCGGGGACUAUCAGUGUGAAGUAUCCAAUCAAGUCAGUUCCAAAAGGAGUGUCCCCAUCCAGCUGGACAUAAUACGUGAACAUCGACCUUCAUUGCGGGCUUUCAUUGGCAUUAUUGCCCAAUGUCUGAUGGGGCUGAUUGCAGUAAUGUUUUUACUGGGUUUCCUGUGGCGCAGCCAUCGUGGCAGGGAGCCACAAAAUGAGAACGAUAUUAAACAAGAGGACAAUGAGCCAACCAACCUCAAUGAAACCUCAAAAGAAGCCUCAAAAGAGAAACCUAAAAAGGACAAGAAGCCAAAAGUAAAUUCUCAUCCAAAGUACCACCCCCAGCACCAGUUAGAAAACAGCCAAUAUGAUGGGGUAAAAGGAUCAAAGGCUAGGAGGGGCUGGUUAGAUUGGAAAAGGAGGCAGCACCAAGAAAGGCAGUGGCAGCCAUGGUGUGAAUGCACAGCAAGGACACCAAGCAGCUCCCAGGAAACAUUGGCUCCCAGGGUCCUUCCCAACUGAGGAACCAAACAACAGUGACAGUGUCUCCCA